AUGGAUAAAUCGUGGGUCUGGUUACCAAGAAGAUUAUUCAACUUCAGAGGCCCUGAUGGAUAUUGUGCAAAUAUAUCCAAUUGUGUCUCACUGGAUCCUCCUUCUAUUGGCGGCAUGAAGUCACAUGACCAUCAUGUUCUUAUGCAGAAUUUGUUUCCGGUUGCGUUGAGAGGUUUACUCCCAAAAGGACCUCAGAUUGCAGUGAGUCGUAUGUGCAAUUACUUCAACAGAAUCUGUCAACGCGUUCUUGAUCCUGAGAAGCUACUUGCUCUAGAAAUAGAGAUUGUGGAGACAAUGUGCCAGUUAGAGAGAUUCUUUCCACCUUCAUUGUUUGAUAUCAUGUUCCACCUUCCACUGCAUCUGGCGAGAGAAGCACGAUUGGGUGGCCCUGCACACUUCAGGUGGAUGUAUCCAUUUGAGAGGUAUAUGAAGACACUGAAAGCUUUUGUGAAGAAUUUCGCAAGACCUGAAGCUUGUAUGGCAGAGGGUUAUCUAGCUGGUGAAUGUCUUGCAUUUUGUAUGGAGUUCUUACAGAAAUCGGUACCAGUUGAGGAACCAAUGACAAGAAAUGAAGAUUUAGAGGCACAUGAUAAUGUACUUGAAGGGCGCCCUCUGCAAAAAGCUAUAGAAGUGAAACUUACUGAUAAGGAGAGAGAUGUAGCUCAUCGUUAUGUCCUCAUGAAUACUGCAGUGAUGGAUCCUUAUGUUCAGUAA